AUGGAGCUGAGAUCUUCUUCUUCACUCUGUAGAUCGAAACCUCCAUUUUUCCACAUUUUGUGCAUAAUCGUUUAUUUACUCUUAAUUACCACUAAUGCAGAUGGGUUUAAUCCUCUAAUUAAGCUCCCCACAAAUGAGCUUUACAAAAAUUAUUCAAGCUGCUCAGCACCUGUGGUUUUCAAUAUCAAUGAUUUUGGCGCCCAAGGGGAUGGAUUUACCGACGACACGAAGAGUUUGCAACAUGUUUGGAAGCUGGCCUGUUCUUUACCGUCUAGGGCCAAAAUUUUAAUUCCUGCAGGGAAUACGUAUCUAAUCCGGCCAACUGAUUUUUCCGGGCCCUGUCAGUCGAAGGUGACCUUAAGAGUUUCUGGUAUGAUUGUAGCGCCACAUGAUCCCACAAUAUGGGAAGGUUUAGACGCGCAUAAGUGGCUCUAUUUCCAUGAAGUAAAGAACCUAAGAGUAGAAGGAGGUGGAAUAAUCGAUGGGGCGGGACGAGAAUGGUGGGCCCGCUCAUGCAAGAAAAACGCCUCAAAUCAGGCUGUUACUUUCCACAAAUGCAAGAACUUGAAAGUAAAAAACAUUACUUUCUUCAACAGCCCACAAAUGCACAUGGCCUUUACCCACUGUACACAUGUAAAGGCUUCACGAAUCACAGUUAUAGCACCGGCCGAUAGCCCAAACACGGAUGGGAUUCAUAUAAGUGCAUCCACACAUUUCAAGCUCGAGGAUGUUAUUAUUGGGACAGGGGAUGACUGCUUGUCUACAGUGAGCAACUCUUCCAAGAUUCGAGUGAAGAAUAUAGUUUGCGGGCCAGGCCACGGUAUAAGCAUUGGGAUUUUGGGAAAGUACAAUUCAUCUUCUUCAGUGAAUGAUGUUAUUGUUAAUGGGGCAUUUCUGUUCAGCACUGAGAAUGGUGUGAGGAUCAAAACUUGGCAGGGUGGCAGCGGGAUUGCAAGGAAAAUCACGUUCGAGAACAUAUGGAUGAAUAAUGUCUCGAAUCCUAUUAUAAUCGAUCAAUAUUAUUGCGACUCAUCAACAACUUGUCUGAAUCAGACUUCAUCGGUCAGAAUCGACGGUGUAACCUUUCGCAACAUCAAAGGGACAUCCGCAAAAGAGGAAGCUAUUGUAUUUGCAUGCAGUGAUACCUAUCCAUGCAAAAGGUUAUAUCUCGAAAAUGUUCAAAUCAUUACAUCAACAGAUACCGCAAAGUCUUUCUGCUGGGAAGCAUAUGGGACGAGCUCGGGCCUUGUGUACCCACCCUCUUGCUCUUGCCUCUCGUCUGGUGAUAUUAUUAUCCGGCAUCAGGUUAAGUCCAACUCGACAAGGUGGAGCAAAGAUGAUUUUGAUGUAGUUUAG